AUCCCCCCCCCCCCAAUUUAUUCUACACCUCUCUCUCUCUUUCAGUCACAGAUCUAAUCCCUUUCACUCCAAAAUCUUCCCUCAUCCGCCCGCCAUGGACACCCCUUCAAGCCCAGUUUCUGCAUCACUAUCCAUGAUCCUUCUCUUUGCAGCUCUCAUGGCCAUGGCGGCUGCAUCCCAAGCAGGCAUCUCCAAAGGAUCCUUCGAAGACAACUUCAGCAUAAUGUGGUCCAAGGAACACUUCACCACCUCCGAAGAUGGCCAGAUCUGGUAUCUCUCUCUCGACAAAGAAACAGGAUGCGGGUUCCAAACGAAACAACGCUACAGAUUUGGAUGGUUCAGCAUGAAGCUGAAGCUAGUUGGAGGCGAUUCUGCUGGUGUGGUGACAGCUUAUUAUAUGUGCAGCGAGAAUGGAGCAGGGCCAGAAAGAGACGAGAUUGAUUUUGAGUUCUUAGGAAACAGGACAGGGCAGCCUUACUUGAUUCAGACAAACGUGUACAAGAAUGGAACUGGAGGCCGUGAGAUGAGGCACAUGCUCUGGUUCGACCCCACCGAGGACUACCACACUUACUCUGUUCUAUGGAACGAUCACCAGCUCGUGUUUUUUGUGGACAGAGUUCCGCUGAGAGUGUACAAGAACAAUGGGAAGCCAAACAGCUUCUUCCCGAACGAGAAACCGAUGUUUCUGUUCUCGAGCAUAUGGAAUGCAGAUGACUGGGCGACGAGAGGAGGGCUGGAGAAGACGAACUGGAAGCUAGCACCGUUCGUGUCAUCGUACAAAGAUUUCAGUGUGGAUGCUUGUCAAUGGGAGGAUCCAUACCCAGAUUGUGUGUCCACCACUACCAAGAACUGGUGGGAUCAGUACAAUGCUUGGCACCUUUCUGAUGAUCAGAAGAAGGACUAUGCCUGGGUUCAGAGAAAUAUGGUUAUUUAUGAUUAUUGCAACGAUUCUGAACGAUAUCCUACUUUGCCCGAGGAGUGCUCUCUCAGCCCUUGGGAUUAAAUUCAAUUCUUCUCUAUUCUUUAUUUUUCCCACAUCCCCAUUUUGUCUUCAAAUUGUAUGCUGUGAAAUAAUGUCAAGUAUUGUUUUAGCAUUUCAUUGAUUUAA